AUGCAGCCGCCGUUCCCCAAGGUCUCCAUCUUCACGUCCGAGUCAACAGUCUCGAAGAAGGCCGAGUACAUCAACCUGCUCAAAUCUAAGGGGGCCCAUAUAAUCACCGGCGAUGUCACCAAUCCCAAUGAUGUCAAGGCAGCAUACGAAGGUGUUGACACCGUCGUCAGUGCCGUGGGCCGAAAUGUCAUCGACCAGCAAAUCGAACUGAUCAAGCUGGCAGAAGAAUCCAGCUCUGUCCAGUGGUUCUUUCCCUCGGAGUACGGCACAGAUAUUGAGUACGGUCCUGAGAGUAUCAACGAGAAGCCCCACCAGCUCAAGCUCAAGGUUCGCAAGUAUAUUCGCGAGAAUAUCAAGCGCGUCAAGUACACGUAUCUGGUCACUGGACCAUACGUGGACAUGUUCUUUACGCUUAACAAACUAGCUCCCGAAGCUGGCGGCUUUGAAAUUGAGUCGAAGAAGGCAGUUCUCGUGGACGGUGGAGAAGGUAGAAUCGGCUUCACAACAAUGCCUGAUGUUGGAAAAGCCCUGGUGGCGGCUCUCCGCCAUCCAGAGGCGUCGUUUAAUAAGGCUCUGAAGGUCCAGUCUUUCGUCGUGACACCAAAACAGAUUCUGGCCGAGUUUGAAAAGCAGGUCGGUGGCCCAAAGUGGUCGGUGACUUCCUACACUCUCCAGGAGCUGAAGGAUGCGGAGAAGAAAGCGUGGAGCGAAGGGAAGUCAUACGCUACAAGCUACACUCUACGACGGAUUUGGUCCGAGGGAGGAACCCUGUACGAAAAAACGGACAAUGAGAGCAUUGGGCUUCAUAGCUCUCAGUUAGAGACGCUCGAGGAUGGCGUGAAGAGAGCGCUCACCACUGGCUGGUAA